AUGUCUGGCCUGUAUUCCACUCUUCAAGUGUCGCCAAAGAAAAAACGCUGUCCGCCCGAGCUCAACGACACUGACUACACACCUAAACGAUUGCGGACGGCACCGAUCACGCCUCCUGCUACUGUGUCGAAGAAGAAAACACCGAAAACGGAUGAUCUACCUACUCAUUUGUCGCGUCUCCAGACUAUCCAAACUGGCCUUCAACACGCCCUCUCACAUGCCCUCGCGUCGUGUGCCGUGUCUCCAUCGUCAGACACCGGUAUUGUGCGUAAUGUGUUGAAUCAUCUCUCGCUGACAACCUACACUGGAUUAACUACCCAAUUCACAUCUGAUGAUCUCCGGAGACUAUGCUGGCUUUGGGAGUGGGACGGAAUCUCACCGCCCGAAAAGCAUCAGAACGUGGAUGAUGACGAGAAUCCCUUCUGGGAUAGCCCGGCGUCGCAGUCCAAGGACUGGAUUCGCGGGUCUAUGGGCAUAGUCAUCAGCCCCGCCACCUACUAUUCCAAGGCAGACAAGAAACGAGUCGCAGCUUAUGGGAUUGGAAUUGAGGUUGAAAUGGAUAUUGACAAGGACAUGGGUGGAGGUAUGGCCGCCGUAGCACGUUGGACGGCAGGAGCAGAAACACGGCGAAAAGAGUUUCAUGCUAAGCUGAUCAAGUGGUGCAAGUUACACUCCGAUGAGCUGUCUAUUCCACCAGUUCCCAUGGCGGACUUGCCCAAAUUGAGCGCUCUCUCCAAACCUUCUUCUCUCACCCGUGUCUUCGCUUCGAUCUCUCCUAAGGCUUCUGCAUCAUUCGCGCCGCCUUUAUCACCUGGUUCCCCCUCUAAAUCUCCCACAAAGCGUGGCCGAGAUUUUGCGAUACCAUUUCCCAUCACCCCUUCAUCUCGUCAGAAAUCUCCAACCAAAAACUCCAUUUUGUUUCCACAGACACCAUCCAAACACGACAUUUUUGGCUCUAGUAGUAUACGUACCUUGGCGCCGCGUACGCCGACAACUUCUAAUGUUUCUGUAUCCGAUGUUCCUUCGGAACCGUCAACGCCUGUACAUCAGCGUGGUCGAAAUGCCUCCACGGUCCCGCACACACCUACCACAGCCCGCCGCCAAGCCUUAUAUGAGCGCGUUCGUCAGCGUUCAUUAUCGGCAUCUCCUACAAAGGCUCUGAGUAAUGAUAUCAUUGGCGGUAGGCUGACACGCGAUCAGAUGCUUAAGCUCGGGCAAGAGGAAAUGAGACGACGGUGCUUACUUGGACGUUUGGGCGGUGUAGCCGAGAGUGUUUGGAUGCUGUUUUCUGGGCCUGUGUCCGGAUCAUCUACGUCUACACCCUCAAAGCGGAAACGUCGAGCAUUACCUAUGUCCGAGGUGGUAAAUGCAGUCAUCAAGUCUUCUCCCGUGCCCAUAUCCGCUGCUGAAGCCAGCGAAUCUUUGGAGAUGUUGUUAAAGCUGUGUCCAUUCUUCCUAAAAAAGCUGAACAUUUCUGGGGAAGAAUGGCUGGAAAUGCCGGCGCCAAAGACUAGUCCCAUCAACGUCGACGAUAGUACUCCAGGAACCUUUGGAAGCCCUUCCAGCCCUGGAUCCCGUAAGGCUAAGGCUGACAGUGCGGAAGAGGUGUUGACAAGAAGUCCCAAGCGAGUGAAAAAGGAAACAGGUGGCUUGCGUGAAGUUAGAGAGAUCAUUCGGCGGGAGCUCGAGCUCCAGGACUAA